AGUAAUACCUAGUAUUUUAACAAUUUUAAAAAUCAAAAAGCUUAAAGUAUAUUAGACCCUAUAAUAAGAAUACUACACCAGACAAUUUGAAGAAGUCUAAACGAUAAAGGUUUAUUAUAUUUUGAUAUAGUAAUUUGAGUAAAUUAAAAUUUUUAAUAAUGGCUUCCGAACGUUAUAGUUUUUCACUUACUACAUUUAGUCCCUCUGGAAAACUAGUGCAAAUUGAAUAUGCUUUAGCAGCUGUUGCAGCUGGUGCUCCUAGUGUAGGAAUUAAAGCUUCAAAUGGUGUUGUACUUGCAACAGAGAAUAAACAUAAAUCUAUAUUGUAUGAUGAACAUAGCGUAUCUAAAGUUGAAAUGAUUACGGAUUAUAUUGGAAUGGUAUACAGUGGAAUUGGUCCUGACUAUCGAUUAUUAGUUAAGCAAGCUCGCAAAAUGGCUCAACAAUAUUAUCUUGUAUAUAAAGAAUCAAUUCCUACAGCUCAACUGGUUCAGCGAGUUGCUAUGUUAAUGCAAGAAUACACUCAAUCUGGUGGUGUAAGACCAUUUGGAGUGUCAUUAUUAAUUUGUGGAUGGGAUAAAGAAAAACCAUAUCUUUUUCAAUGUGAUCCAUCUGGUGCUUAUUUUGCUUGGAAAGCAACUGCAACAGGCAAGAACUUUAUCAAUGGUAAAACGUUUUUGGAGAAGCGUUAUAGUGAAGACUUAGAGUUGGACGAUGCUGUUCAUACCGCAAUUUUGACUCUUAAGGAAGGUUUUGAAGGGCAAAUGACAGCAGACAAUAUUGAAGUUGGUAUUUGUGAUGCAAAUGGUUUCAGAAGGUUAGACCCUUCAAACGUUAAAGAUUAUUUGGCUAAUAUACCAUAAUUUUAUAUAUUCUAUCAUUUAUAUACUGUGUACUAUUAUAUUUGCUGAAUAA